AAUGAUCCAGCCUUACUGCUUCGCCUGAAUUAUUCCAUACACAAGAAGCUUGUUUCCACACUCAGCAUGAGAUUUGCUUCCCUUCUAAGACUGAGCAUCAAUUCCCAUUGCCCACAGCCCUACAAAUGCUGCCCAUAGUGGCAGUGGCUACGGCAGAGCAGAACCCACCCAGGCCCAGUCUCAGAUCUCUGCAGCAGCCUGCAGGGGAGAGGAAGGGGAAAGGCUCCCCAGGCACCAGGAUCUCUCCAGCCAUGUGUGUGCAAAACUUCUGCCCACGCCACGUGACAGAGGAAGAGGCUCGGAUCCAUUACACAAUAAUACAAAUAUGCCUUUGGCAAAGCUGAGCCAAAACCUAGAGCUGCAGCGGGAAGCCAGCAAUACACGCGAAACGGGGAAAAACAUUAAACGAAAGGAAAGAGCCAUCAAAGUCAGAACUGCAGAGCUCACUCGGAAGGACGCGGCCGCAGUAGGACAGGGUUUGAGCUCCAUGACGUGACAGCAAUCUGCAGCAAAACAUCUGCCGCAAGCUGAGCGGAAUCCCAGCGCCUGUCAAGACCUCACUGAAGAGAUUGAGCCUGAGCUGUGCCAUGAUUUCUGCCGUCCUCCUCCUCUGGACUGUGCCCUGUGUGGCCAACCACAUCCUCGGGGGCUUUGCCAAGGCAGCGUUGCAGGAGGGCCCCCAGCUGACGUGCAGCCUGCCGGGGCCCCCCGGUCCUCCUGGCCCUCCUGGUGCACCUGGGACUCCAGGGACAGUUGGCAGGAUGGGCUUCCCAGGGAAAGAUGGCAAAGAUGGCAAGGAUGGGGACAAAGGAGAUCACGGUGAUGAAGGUCCACAGGGCAGAACAGGAAACCCAGGCAAGCCGGGACCAAAGGGGAAAGCAGGAGCCAUUGGCAAGGCUGGUCCACGAGGACCAAAGGGUUUAAAGGGUAAUCCUGGAAAAAAUGGAGCACCGGGAAAGAAAGGACCCAAAGGGAACAAAGGUGAGACUGGGAUGCCAGGACCCUGCACCUGCAAUGCCAACAAAGCCAAAUCUGCCUUCUCUGUAGCUGUCUCUAAGAGCUACCCAAGAGAAAGGCUCCCCAUCAAAUUUGACAGGAUCCUGAUGAAUGAAGGAGGACAUUACAAUGCUUCCAGUGGGAAAUUCGUGUGCAGCAUCCCAGGGAUUUACUACUUCACUUAUGAUAUCACCUUGGCCAACAAACAUUUGGCCAUUGGCUUGGUCCACAAUGGGCAGUACCGGAUCAAGACUUUUGAUGCCAACACUGGGAACCAUGACGUUGCCUCUGGAUCAACCAUUCUUUCUCUGAAGCUAGACGAUGAGGUGUGGCUGCAGAUCUUUUAUUCUGAACAAAACGGGCUCUUUUAUGAUCCCUAUUGGACAGACAGCUUAUUUACUGGCUUCCUGAUCUACCCUGACCAAGAUUAUCUCAAUGAAAUAUAGAGUGAGAAACAAAUAAAUAAGAAAUGGAUGCAACUUCAGUCCAGCAAAGCGUAGCCUGCACAUGGACGUGUGUGAUACUAUCUCAUAAUUUCAAUUUUUUUUGGCACUAACAGCCCAUAUAGGCAAUACAGAUAUUUACUUGAUGUCACCAACUAGCCCAUGAAGUAUAUCAGGAUCUGUAGGAUCUACCUUGAAGUGACCUCAUGAUUCUGUAAACCUGGAAGCCAUCUGCUAUGUUUUCCCACUGUUUGAACAUGCCACAGACAUGUAACUCAAAUACUGGUGCAGAAUGUUUUGAUUUUAUGUUAUUGUAAUGCAAGAAGACCAAAAACCAUUUCCUGCAAACUGAGCUUAUAAGUGCCAUUGAUGUUGGAGAUUCUAUCAGUGCCCCUCCUUCUCCCACCCUCAGUAAUAACAAUAAUAAAACUUGCUACUUUACUAGCUGGUAAAGCCAGCUACUUAGAAGUCAGGAAGUUAUCAGCUGCUGUUAAAAAAGUACCAGCAGCCCUCAGCCUCAUCAAAGCAGAUCUAAUAAGCAAAGGCAUCCUGUUUAAAUAGGACACAAAGAAGAGAGCUCAUCUAAGGCUAAAGGUAAAACCCCUGGUAAGACACACUCCAUCAAAUUGAGCACUGCUGGUGUUGCUCAGAGUUCAGCCACAACACAGCAGUGCUGGAGUUUUGCAUCUGCUUUCAGGAGAGUGUCAAAAAGCAGUGACCAAAACCUAACAUUGGCUGUGCAAGCCCAAUGCCUGCCAGCCUCUGAUCCAUGAUGGAGGGCAAUGCUGUAGAUAACACUCAAUUUUUAGAGAGAGAGCAUGAACCUUCACUCCAGAAACAGAGGUAUCAACUCCCACUCCCCCAUCUUUUCCAUCUUUUGCUGGAAGGAAAUACUGAUGCUGCUGAGGAGCUCCUCACAGGCUUAAUGCUGCAGAUAGGCUCUGUCUUACUGACGUGCUUUCCUUUUCUGAUUGUGUAUAUCAAAUAUUACAGACGAUCCAGUCUUAACACAGUUGUUCUAAAUUGUACUAAAAAGAAAAACAAGGCAGAAAAGACCAGAGGUGAGCUUUUUGGUCUUGCUAUGAUAUGUUUUGCAUUUUUCCCCACCCCAGCCAACAGCCAUACAGGGAUAUGCUCCCAAAUGGAGCAUUAUCAUCACAGCAAAGAGCUCUGCAGCUGUAUGGCUGCUCAGCUGGAUGCCUUGCCCCAGUGUGUGCAGCCACUCUCAAAAGUCUGUCUGCAGUCAGAGAGGAGUCUUCCUCAAUAUCUGACACAUCUUCUUGGUCCCACACUCUUGUCUGCAACACAAAAACUCAUAUCAAUUUCCAGUUCCUCUCAUCUGCACAUUUAGACAUUGAGGAGAUAGCCCAGAAGAACAAAUUAAGAUAUAUACAUAUGUAUAUAUAUAUAUAAACCUUUCUUCUACAAGUCAUUAUACUUGCAUGAUUUUUGAACAUUAAUUGCGACAUAUCUCAUGAAAAUCUUUUCAAAUACUUAUUAUUUUUUUUAAUAAAGCCGAACAAAGCUACCACUGCAA